AUGAGGGGUUUCAUGACUCUCGUGGCUUGUGCCGCUGGCGCUCAUGCCCUUGCCAAUCGUGGUAAUACCUGCUGCUUCCACCUCACUGCAUCAGGCGGUGCUUCUGGCCCUGUCGGUCAGCUGAGCGAUGGACAGAACCGAAUUGGUGAUAAUAGUCUCUCUCCUGCACAGUUCUGCAUUGAUUCGAACGGCGCUAUCACUGAUGGAAAUGGCCGUGGAUGUAUCCUGACUCCUCCAACCACUCAAUUCCAAUGCGACGUUGGAGCAACCCCUACGCCCGGUUUCUCUGUUGGCUCCAAUGGCGAACUGGAAUUCGCCGGAAGCCCCAACUUCGUCGCCUGUGAAACUGGCGACAACGGCGGUCUCAACAUCUACACUACUCUGAGCAACGCUCUCAGCCAGUGCAAGACUAUCAAUCUUAUGGCUGACUCGUGCUCCGGCUCGACUUCUCCCCCGCCUUCGCCUCAGCCUAACAAUGGCUGUGGCCCCAUCUUGUCUUCGGGUAACUUUGAGUUCCCUCAUCUGAUUGUCCCCGUCGACUCCUCGUCCCCCGAUACUGCAUUCGGCACUCGUUUCAACGGGACUGUCACCUCGACUAUCUCAAGUAUCUUUAACUUCGACAUUCCGCAGUCCGACUCCGGGAAGACCUGCAGCCUGGUCUUCCUUUUCCCCAACAAGGCGGAUCUCCAGACUUCUUCUUUCAGCUUUAGCGGUGAUGGCAAGAUUGACGUUGAGAAGCUUGCGAGUGUCGCUACUGCACAGACAACCUUCAACAAUAUGCCCUCUGUCGCAGAGGAUCUGGGUGAUAUUACCAUCUCCCCUGGUGGUGCUUUUGUUAUUUCCACCUUCUCCUGCCCGGCUGGCGAGGCUAUUUCAUUCGAAAUGAAGAAUGCUGGUAGCACGGACCUUGACUUCUUCCAGGACUUCAAUCCCGCCCCGUAA